AACUUGGCGUCGGCAACGGGCAGCCUCUCACCCUCACCUCGUCACUCUCUCGAGCACGGCCCCGGAAUCCCUUCACCCUCACCUCGUCUCUCCCCUCGUUGUCAGUUCGUCACUCUCAGUCUCUGAGUAUCUCACCUCGUCACGCUCUCGUUCUCUCGCUGUGAGUCCGUGACCCUACGUUCGCUUCGUCGGGUGGUGGUGGUCGUCGUCUUCUCAACUAGGUGAGCUCCAGUUUUCGAUCCUGUUCUUUCUCUAGUUUAAUGUUGAUUUCGAUGAAUCUGGUUGGUGUUGAAUCUGGGGGUUGUUGAAUCCUCCGUUCAGCUUCUCCUUCGCCGUCAACUUCCUUCGUGCAACCCGAUUUGAAUAAUCACUUAGUUAAGUUUUGCUUCAUCUCUCUGCCCAAUCUCACUGUCUCAGACUCUCACUAAACCUAGCCCUCUGAAGCAUUCCCAAAUCCCAGCCCAGUCGCCACCGCCGUCGCCGGGGUUUUCAGGUCGUCAGCGCCACCGCCGUCGCUUCUGAAGCAUUCCCAGCGUCCCCGCGGUCCUCGGGUCGUCAGCGCCACUGCCGUCGCCUGGUCCUCAGCACUGCUGCUUCGUCUUCGCUGGCCUCUCCCUUCGUCUUCGCUGGUCUUCGCUUCGUCAGCACCCAGACCAGUGAAUUAGUAAACCAGUGACUAGAGCGGUUUGAUGACCGGUCCGGUUUUCUGAACCUUGGAGGCCACGUGGCAGUGAUGUAUUUGUCGAGAACGUUUGGGCGAACACUGUUCGCCGCAGCUGCUAGAUCCAGAACAUAUGCUUCCUCCGCCGGAACCGCCACUGCUGCCGGCGACAAACCCCGCAACCCUCUUGAGGAGUUCUUCGAGGUUGACAGGGACAUGGAAAGUGAUAAACCUAUUGUAUAUGCUAAAAGAGGUACCAAUUAUGCUCUAGUGAUGGGUUUGUUGGUUAGUUACUUGGUUUAUCUGCUGUUGUUAGGUCGGGGUUGGAAGGCCUCCGAAUUGCGUUUGAAGUCUUGGGAUGAUCUUCAUAAGUUAUGGUAUGUGUUGUUGAAGGAGAAAAACAUGCUCAUGACUCAACGCCAGAUGCUCAAUUCCCAGAACCUACGAUUUCCUAACCCAGAACGCAUCCCCAAGGUACGGAAGUCAAUGUGCCGCAUCAAGCAAGUACUUACAGAGAGAGCAAUAGACGAACCGGAUCCCAGGAGGUCUGCUGAGAUGAAGAGAAUGAUAAAUGCUCUCUGAUGAUUCACAAUAGAACAUUAUUGAGAAGGACUUUUGUUUUUGAUGGAUUCUUGGUUUGCAAGCUUUGUUUUUGCAACAAGUGGUUUACAUUGAGAUGUACCAGAAAACUAUUGAGGCUAUUCAACAUGAAAGAUAAGCACGUAUGCAGCAUCUAUAUUCUCUGUUA